GAGGAGAGCGACGGAGACGCCAGACCUGACCUUGCAGCAGCGGCACACUGCGACUAGCCGGGCCCGUUGGUUCGCAACCUCGUCGGCCCGCCCGCUCGCUGGCUCGCUGGAACCCACGCCGCCGUGUUCGCGUUGGUGCUGAGGGUGUCGCGCUCACAUGUAGAUGACGCUGCGCCUGCCCUCGGAUCCCGCAGCGGCGCCCCCUGAUGCAGUCGAGCAUCCGCGCUCAGGCUGAAGUGCAGGCCCAGAGGAAGAAGCAGCUCGCAAACUCGUACAAGCAGCUCCUCGAUGAAUUCGCGGCGCCAGACCUCAAGAACGUGGGCAACUACACGCUGGGCCGGCUGAUUGGCAAGGGCAGCUUUGGCAAGGUCUAUCUGGCCGCCCACAAGCUCACCAACGGCUCCAAGGUCGUGCUCAAGUCGGCCAAGAAGGACGACACCAACCUCGCCCGCGAGAUCCACCACCACCGCCAGUUCAUCCACCCGCACAUUGCGCGCCUGUACGAGGUCAUUGUCACCGAGUCGCUCGUCUGGCUGGUGCUGGAAUACUGCCCGGGCGAUGAGCUCUACAACUACCUCCUCGCGCACGGCGCGCUCGAGCCCGCCAAGGUCCAGAAGAUCUUCACCCAGCUCGUCGGCGCCGUCUCGUACGUGCACAACAAGGCCUGCGUCCACCGCGACCUCAAGCUCGAGAACAUCCUGCUCGACAAGUACGAGAACGUGAAGCUCGUCGACUUUGGCUUCACCCGCGAAUACGAGGGCAAGAGCAACUACCUGCAGACGUGGUGCGGCACCGUGUGCUACAGCGCCCCCGAGAUGCUCAAGGGCGAAAAGUACGCCGGCGAAAAGGUCGACGUGUGGAGUCUGGGCAUCAUCCUGUAUGCCCUGCUCGUCGGCGAGCUGCCCUUCGACGACGACAACGAGAUGGUCACCAAGACGAAAAUCCUCAAAGAGGAGCCAAACUACCCGGACAGCUUCCCGCCGCAGGCCAAGGAGCUGUGCCAGAGCCUGCUUUCGAAGCGCCCUAUACUGAGACCCACGCUCGCGGAUAUAUUGCAGAACCCGUGGUUGGCAGAGCACGCGCCGCGGCAGCAGGAGAUAUUGAAGCUGAAGCAGCCGGAUCCGUUUUCGACCGAGCUGGAGAAGGAGGUAUUGCACAGGAUGCGCGCGGCUGGGGUGGAUAUGGAUACCAUUAUUGAGAACGUCCUUGCGCAGCGGUGCGACGCGCUGGCGGGCUGGUGGGCACUGCUGCUUGAGAAAGAAGAGAAGAAAGCCAGAAGAAGAGAACGCAAGCGGAAAGAAAGGGAGGCUGAGGCCAAGAGCCUGCGGCGGCUGAGCGCGGCGAGCAGCCGCUUGGACAAGCUUGCGCCGACGAUUAAAGAAACCGACGAGGAGGGACAUCACUCAGGCCUGCUCGGGGAGCCCCCUAAGAGUCGGGGAAGGGCCCGGAAUCGCAGCAGUCUGCAUGGCGUCCCGUCAGAUCUUCCAAAGCUCCCAGAGUCCGGCAACUCACCCGAACCAGGCGCCGACAUGCCUCCACCUCCUGUGCCCAAAGACCACAUCCGAUCCUCAGGCUCUUCGUCACGGCCCCCUCCGCCGCCCAAAGAGAUGAUGAGACGGCGGUCCCAAGCCAGCAUGCUCCAAGUCGUCUCCACCAAUCCUGACCUCCUAAGCCCCAACGGCUUCGUCCCCAAACGCCGCCGGAAAUACCAACCCCCCUUCUUCUCCCACCUUGCCACCCUCCGCAACUGGAUCAAAGAAACCUCCAAACGCGCCCGCUCCCCAGGCGGCUCCAAAGCGUCUUCGGCGAAAUCCCCUACCCAACCCGACCACGUCUCGUCUCCCGAAUCAACCCGCCGCCCCACGGCCGCAAACCGCAACUCAAGCGUCCACGCCCACCACGCGGGUGUCACGCCCUCAACGCACAUUGCCACCCGUCCGCGGGUUUCUUCUUCAGGGAAGAGACCUAGUCUUUCACCGGCCCCGUUAACACCGCGGUCGUCGUACCGCCGCUCCUCGGGCGGUCUCCGCGGUCGCAAGUCCACAUCCUCGUCCAUCUCCAGCAUCCGCUCAAUGCCGCACCACCACCACACGCACUCCAAAGCCUCCUCGACGUCCUCCGCCUCCAUCACCUCCCCCACCAUCUCCGUCUCUAAACCCUCCAAAUCCCCCCACGCAAGCGUAAAAGUGCUGCCCGCGACGCCAACAAAUGCGUCUUUCCCUAGCGGUCUACGAUUGGGACUCGCGGUAAGAGGCGGCCUGAGCGAGGGCAGCGCAGCGUUCGGACAGGCGCCGCCGAGCUCGCCGGGCCUGAACAUGGUGUUUGCGAAGCGGAAGCGGAGUCCGUUCAAGGGGCCUAUGCUCACGUUGGGACAGCAUGCAGGACAGCAUCACAGUUCCCCGGCGGCGCAGAGGAGGGCGGAGGCCGCGAGCAGGAGUGCGAGCAUGCAGGGCCGGCGCAGCGGCGAGAUUAUGGGGAUUACGGAGGAGGAAGAGGAAGAGGAAGAGGAGGUCGAGGAGGUUGAUGAGUUUAGUCCUGUGCUGGGGGGGUGCGAGGAGGUUGUUGAGGAAGGAGACACGGAGACUGGGGCGGAGAGUCCGCCCUCGGGGGAAGAGAAGGGGUUGGGGUUGUCGGCAUCGACGGGGGCUGAUGGCAAAGCAGAGGGCGGGAGAGGCUUGCUGCUCAGUCGGUUGAUGGAGGUCCGCGAGGAGAGUCCUGUGCCUGAUAUCGAAAAUCCGCCCAAGACGCCGCCCAAGGGGAAGCAACCUACACUCGCAGAGACGAAGCCCGAGACGCCGCCCAAGGAUCGAUAGAGCGAGCGGAGCGUGUAGAGCUUGGAGCUCAGAGCAGGAUUGGCUUGGUUUGAUGGGUUUGGCUGCGAGACGCACGACGAUAGAUACCUUUUCCUUUUUUCUUUUCCUUUUCC